ACCACGACCGCGGCUCGGUAAAUAAGAAGAUGUUGAUAUAAAAAACCGACGUUUUGUUUCCUCGUGAGCUUAAACUCCGCACAUAUCUUCGUUUAUUUUUCUAUUUUUCCGAUCGAGCUAAAUAUGAUUAAGUUAGCGAGUUUUUUAUUUUUGUUACUAAUUGUUGGAGGAAAAAGUGCGCAAGAAAACGCAGUUUUGAACUGUCUUGUCGAUCAAGACAGCCUCGGGUGUGUCAAAAAUUUAACCGACGCCACUUUGGAUGCCAUUGAACUGAAAGUUACUGGUACCAAGGACAAUGUCACUUUCAGCAAAGUUAUGGAAAGGACAAGUGGUUUUAUUGUUCACGAAAUUAGUAAUCUUUUUGAUGAUAAUACCAGAGAAGGAAGAAAAAUAAAAAUCGGGAAGAAGAAAAAGAAGCUGCUGCACAAACUUCUCCCCUUGUUCCAUUUACUCCAGGCGAAGAUAAGCUUGAUUCUCCAGCUGAUCUCGACUCACUUUCAGUUCAAGUUCUUCGCUAUCGCGGUGGUGGGCCUGAUAAUUAAUUUCGUCCGGCUGUGGAUCGACUUGAAAAAGGGCCAUCAUCCUUCUAAGGUGAUUUAUUACGAGCACGCUCAGCACCAGCACCACUACGAGCCGGAGGAGGACCACGGGAGUUACUGGAGGAAAAAAAGGUCGCUCGACCAAAACCAAAGAGACCCAAACCAGCUGGCAUACCGAGCCUGGACCAGAUAGGUUCAUAAUUGUUCCAGUCUGAAAAUUAUUACCGUUACCCAAAUUCAAUCCGUCAACCAUCAAACAUUACCUUUUUUUAUUUAUAUUAUAAUUUAUUUAUUUAUUUAUUUAUUUAUACGGUCAGUUUUUAGGAUAAGCAUGUACAUUAUUUUUUGUAUUUAAUAAAAUAAUAUGUUUAUUUA